UGCGCGAGUCGAGUCGCGGGUAAUGCGGGGUGCCUUUACAGUGCGGUAGAGCAGGAGGAGGUGGUGAGGCGCGGUAGUCGAUAAAGUGUUUUUUGAUUGAUAAAAAACUGAAGUUGUCUUUAUUACUUGACCGCCCGAUACAAUAUCUCGUACGUGUCCGACAGCGUGUCGGUACCCGAGAGUUGAAAGUUAGAGUUGCGCCUGCGCCGGUCUCACUUUUAUCCUUUUCCUACGUCUCAAUCAGGGGGGACGAUUUGGAUGUGUCAGCGCCACGUGAGUGUGGACGCUGACCGUCCCGAUUUUGAUAUUUCCUUUGCCAGAAUGCGGGGUUGCAUUUCCGCAAAACGACGUUUAGUCAUUCGAGCCGUGGCCUUCGUUUAUGAUCAUCGUUGUGCUUACAACAAUAUAUAUAACUUAUCCGGGCAAAAAUUUCAGAAAAAAAAUUUGGUAGUUAAUGGGUUAAGAGAAAGAGGUCCGUUACGCGCCCGACGUAAAUUUCUUGAUACGGCUCUGAACUUAUCCCUCCUCUGUGAUAUAAUAUCUUUUUUUCUAUAUUCCUAACCCUAUGUAAAGUACCAGUUGUGUCGCUACGUUCGGCUGUUUGCUUGAGUUCAUAGUCUAUUACAUACAUUAGAAUACAGCAGAAGCCAGUGUUUAGUAAGUGCUUAACGCCUACCAUUAUUGCCUGCUGAUCGGUGUACUGUUAGAGCCUUGAUAGAUCCAAAAUAGAGUGUGAGUAUCAAUCGGAGAGAUAAUCUUUAAGCGCUGAGACCUGCCGAACUGCCGCAGCUAUCGAGAGAGUGCGUGCGCUUGAAAAGAUCAGUCGGAACUCGACCUUCUUCGCGCAGGCGUGUUGGAAACUAAUGUCGUUCCGCCGAAUAAUUAACAUUCAUGCGAAGACCGCGCGACGUACAUACGUGACGUGUGAAUGAGCGGACGGGCGGACCGGCAUUUGUGCAAGCGAGGAAAGCCUGAAAAGACGAGGAAAAGUUGUCAGCUGAAGCUUCUGGGAAAUAUCGUGACGAUACGUGAACCGCAGCAUUUCGUGGGCGCCAUAUUGGAACUGUUUGAAAUUCAUACGAAUGAUACGUCGAAGUUCGAUAUAUCGUGAAACGAGCAAAGGACGUAUGAAAUAUUAGUCUGCAGUAUGGCGCCAAUUUAAAAAUUCUCACGAGAGGGCACAAAAUGACGGAUUGAAGGGGAGAGAGGGAGGAACAGUGAAAAAGAGAGGGAGCUUUUUUGACUCUAGUUUUUAUCUUCAUUUAGGCGUAAAUCAUGAAAAUUAAUCACAAACAGUUGCCUGUCAAGGCGCAUUAUUUCUUCUUCAUGGCGGCCAUGGGUCCGAUUUUGCCGUUUUUACCGGUUUACGGCAAACAAUUGGGGGUUUCCCCAUUAGUUAUGGGCAGCAUCACUGCAGGCUUGCCUAUUCUUUUCCUAAUCGCCAAGCCGGUCUUCGGUUUCAUCGUGGAUUACUUCCGCACUUGGAGGAAAUUGAUUUUUAUAAUAUUACUCGCCACCACAAGCAGCUGUUACGUUUUAAUGUACUUUUUACCCAUACUGCCGGGCCCGCUGCUGCCAGACCAUCACUUUCAGAACGUUUCCUGCGCAGCUUUAUCGCCCUGCGAUAUGAACGACCAUACCUCAGCAUUGGCAUUAUGUAACGGUACAAAAGACGCUACAUGCCAUUGGGUGUGUGAGGCUACCAAUUUUUCUAUGCGAGUGUCUUUUCAUAUAGCUAAAGGGGAAGCAAGCAUCUCGCCAAGUACAGCAUGUUCGUUAAAUACGAACGAAACGUCAUCGUCGUGCUCGAAAAGUACUAAUUGCGACGUUAUCUGCGACAAUUUCGACGACGAUCGUUGUCUGUACACGUCCAUCACUUUCUGGGGCUUUAUUCUCUUAAUGUCUCUUGGAAAUAUUGGCUUUAAUGUUUCCAACAGCAUAAGCGACGCGAUUUGCUUUGACGUGCUGGGCGAAGGCGGAGAAAUGGGAUAUGGUCGGCAACGAGUAUGGGGUACAAUUGGUUUCGGCAUCGCGGCAGCUCUCGCUGGCUACACGAUAGACCUGUGGUCGCAUGGAGACAUCUACAAGGUUUACACACCAGCGUUUCUUCUGGUGUUCGCGUUCACCUGCUUCGAUUUGAUUUGCUGUAAAAAACUGGAGCUGCCGCUUAUUUCAGGAUCGGCCAGCAUAUUAAAAGAUGUAUUCACGCUUUUGAAAUUAAAACCCAUCGCUAUAUUCCUAUGUUUCGCUACCCUCGCUGGCAUCUUUGACAGCUUUAUGAUUUACUUUUUAUUCUGGUACUUAGAAGAUCUUGCCAUGGAAACUGGUUAUAUGGGUGAAAUUAAAUUAAUCGAGGGUCUGACGAUAGCUGCGGAGACUUUAGGCGGCGAGAUAAUAUUCUUUUCUUUAUCUGGAAAAAUAUUGAAGAAAUUUGGAUAUGGUUACACUUUUACGUUUUGCUUCGUGUGUUACGCAUUGCGAUUGGGAUUGAUAUCACUGGCGCCGACGCCAUGGUGGGUACUUCCGGUGGAACUGGUCAUGCAAGGACCAUCGUACGCGCUCUGCUAUACGACGAUAGUGGCAUAUGCGAGUGUAGUCGCACCACCCGGCACGUCAGCCACUGUUCAAGGGAUCGUGGCAGGCAUGGAUGAUGGAUUUGGGUACGGAGUUGGCAGUUUGAUGGGAGGUAUAUUGUACAAGGAAGUUGGUGGUGCAAUAACGCUGAGAAUAUUCUCAACGCUCGCAGCAAUUUCUGCCUUAAUGUACUUUGUUCUUCACACUUUGUACUUAAAGCAUAAAACGCCAGAUACACGCAGCAAUGUUGAAUUUAAAAAGCCUAACGAUGCACGAGAGCACUGCGUUACUGCGGAAAUGUAAUUUUAUAUAUUUUGAUAUAGGAGUAAAGUGUAUGACGUAAGACAUAUUGCAAUCAGCGCAAUAAAAAUAUUCCUUAUGCUAAUGUAAACGCACAAUGUAAAUGUGCACAGUGACUAUAUGUUUUAUAUAUGUUAAUUUAAAGUAAACGAUAUA